AGAUCACUGUGCUGAAUGCCCGUACAUAUUUUGGAGUAUGGUUACGUUCGUAUAUUGUCCUGGGUGAAAUAAGACAUUGGUUGAAUUAUUGGAACCAUUUGAAAAGUCCUUUAACUGUCAAAAUGCCAAUAUUGAGAGGGUCAUCGGGAAGUGUUUCUACGGUAAAACAAAAAGACUCGGAGCAGACUGAUGGUCGUAAAACCAGAUCCUCAAAAUCCCCUUCAACAUGUGCAUCCUCAAUGCUAAAGGAAUUCAAAACAUCCAGCAAAUUGACCAGGGCUGAAAUACGAUCAUCUGCUGCAGCGAGACUGGCUCAACGAAACAAGAAUAAAUCCGAAAAGGAAACAGGAGCCUCUAAGGAUCAGCAUAUAGGUGAAAUAAAGACCGAGAAUAAGCCCAGAACCUCGGCAUCAACAAAAAAGGGCAGUUCCACCAAAUCAAAUAAAGUAUCAGUAGAUGUGGGUAUAAAGUCCAACAAGUCAGACGAAAAGGAUCAGGAUGAGGAGGAAGACAAUGAAAAUGGUGAGAGAUUGUGGAUAUCGUCAGAGCAGAGAAGCAUCGGUAUGUCCAACAAAGGCGAGAGAGACAACAAGGAGGAUGGGCGUCGGAAGAGGAAACAAAGUCUUGAAGAAAAAGCAGACUCCCAGCAAAACACCCAGCAAGCAAAGAAAAAGAGACAGAAAUCCACUUUUUAUGAAUAUGUGUUAGAGGCAGUACCAUCAAAGAAACCAAGAAGGGAAGAAAGUGUGGAGCAGGUGGAGGAGAAAAUAGAUGCCGAAUCUGGGGGAAGGAGAAGAAGUAAACGAGGAUCCAUUCCUAACACCCUGUACUUCAAAAACUUCAUAGACCCCUCCAAGAAGAUUCCCAGAUUAUCAGAUGUGGAGAGCAAGGUCAUAGGAUCCAGGAACAAACCUGAGGAAGGAAAAGAUACAGAAACUAGACCAAAGAAAUCGGCAGAGACACUCAAGAAGACCCACGGAUUUGAGGCAAGGCCUAGUCUCCAGCAAGACAAAGUAGAGGUGAUCAAAUGGGAGGUGGAGGAGACAAUUGAAGCCGCGGACGAUAGCACGGCAACGGAAAACAAUUUAACUAGCACUGAGCAGCAGGAAAAACACACGGCAGCUGAUGAGGGAGAAAAUGAAGAGGGGAGCAAGUCAAACAGUGAGGUCCUAACUGUGAAUGAAGAUGAGCAGGGUUCCGAUAGAGCAGAGUCGUGUGACACAGAUAAUUUAAACUGCACACUUGAAGAGGAUGGACAUGAUGGAAUGAAAAUGCAGACAGAAUCUGGUGAGGUAGACAGUUCAACAGAAACACAAGAAGAAGAAUCAUCCAGUAAAGAAACAGGGAAAGAAGACGUGAACACGGAUUUAGAAAUAACGAAAUUCUCUGUGGUGUAUGUCAACAAAUUAUUACAGUCACAAAAGAACUCGACACAUGACAACACAAGCGGGAGAAGUCAAAGACCGGAACAACCGGAGAAAGGCUUCAAGAGUGACGGAGAAGAGACAGCUGGUGUCGUGGAAGUGAACUCUCCACAACAGUGCAUUGAAAUACAGGGAGUUACCGAAGAAGUUAUUGCCCCUGUGAUAUCAGAGGUAGGGGGAGCAUAUGCAGAGAUAAUGGCAAUUGGAAGUCGUUAUCUUCCCAGAGAAAGACCGGGGAGAAUUUGUAAACAAGAAGUAGUAAACCUGGUGGAUGAGGAAGGAAACAUUUUGACAAGGAAUGAACCCGACGGACAUAAUUUUUCAAUUGCAUGCACUUCUAAAACUGACCAAGAAGUGGAGGAAGAUGUUGCAGGGUCGCAGAGAGCAAUGACUGUGGCAAUCGUGAAGCCGAAGGAAAAGAGAGAGUCUGUGGAGACAUUAGACAUGUCAGUUCAAGCAGACGAUCUCAGCGAGAGUGAAGAUCAAGAAGUAUCUACCAUAGAAACCAGUUCUGGGAUGGAAAUGGUGCUGAGUGUAAAGUCCUUUGAAGAAAUUCCAAAGACCUCUACCAUUAUCAAGAUGCCAGACGGAAGGUCCUUAACUGUCUCGUCUUCUGAUAAAACAGGAUUUGCCUUACGAUCUCUCCCCAAAAUAAUGAGUUCCAAACAGAGUGCCUCAGUCGCUAAUUCGGAUAUGAAGAGAAUUACCUUGCCUUCCGGAGCGGCAGGUAUGAAGAUUCGGAAUGCUACACCAGAAGUGCUGAACAAAAUAAAAUCACCUCCAGUUUCCUCCGAUGGAGAGGAAGCAGUACAGGAUGCUGGGACUAAUGCUGAAGCAGUCCCCAAGUCUCACACCAUCUGGAAUGCUGUGUACAAGUCCCAAGGAAUAGGAAUGGAUAAUCAGGAAGUAAUUGUAGUAUCUCUCCCCGAGGGUCAGGAAGUGAAGCGGACGUUUUCAGUAGCGCAGAAGAAACAAGAGGAAGUGGCUUAUGAGAGAAAUGCUGACGGAGAAUUUGUAUGCGGUGUGUGUGACUACAAAACCAGCAGGAAAAGCAACUGGUACAAGCACCGUAAAAAGCACAUGGGCCAGAAGAGCCACAAGUGUGAGUACUGUAACUACGUGGCGGCCACCAGCAGUAACCUGAAGCGCCACCAGAACAUCCACUUAGAUGUCCGUGAGCACCAGUGUCUGCAGUGUGGACAAACGUUUCGACAGAAAAUUCACCUGGAGCGUCACAUCAAGUACAAACACGAGGAAAAAUCUGUAAAAUGUCCUCUUUGUGAUUAUGUGUGUGCCAAUGAAAAUCCUGACCUGAAAGUUCAUAUCAAGAGGCGCCAUGUUCCGCAGGAAGAUGACGAAUCUAAGGAUGCCAAGAGCUACACCUGCUCGGAAUGCGGACUGAUGACCUACAGCAAGAAGGAUAUGCGUCAGCACAUGAAAUUCCACAAGAAUGGACCAGAAUUAAAAUUGUUCUGCGAGCAGUGCAGCUUUGUAACAGACUGUGAAAGUCGACUUAAGAGACAUAUGCUGAUUCACUCCCAUGAACGACCAUUCCAGUGUGGACUGUGCGAUUAUCGUGGUUCACAAAAAGAGCACGUACUACGCCACAUGAAAACUCAGCAUCAUAUCAUAGUGGAGAAAAAAAAUAAGAAAGGACUCGAUAUGGAAGAUUCCGAUUCAAAAGACAGCUCUACUGUCGAUAAACAGAAUGAUAAAUCAGAUUACAGUAGCCUAGAGAAGAUCUUUGCGUGUAAUCACUGCUCCAUGAAGUUUUCCAAAUUAAUUAAUCUUUACAAACACUUGCAUGUACAGCACAAGGAGGUUCUUCCGCACGAGUCGGAGGAAUUUCUCUGUGUUGUAUGUGACUUCCGAACCUCCAGUAAGAAGAAUCUUUUAGUCCAUAUGCGGAAACACAACCUCCAGGACCAAGUCCCUCCAUCCCAUGUGUAUUCCUGUGUGCUUUGUCGAUACAUGAACCCUCGAAGACGCAAUCUCUUUCAGCACAUGAAGAAAAAGCAUGGCAUUGAGAUCGUCAUUCGUGAUGAUGGAUCUACAAGUUGUUUUGUGACUGAUAGCCUUCCAGCUAAUGAUGACACUAUCAAUAACAUGUUAACAGUGGGAGACAUUGUCACGACAGCAACAGAAGACGCCCCACAGUUGCAGAUUAUCACGGACGAGGCAAACAUUAGCACACAGAGUGUAAUCAGCAUUGAGGAUUUGGCGUAUGCUGUGUCCCACCCUAAACCCAAUACUCAAAUCAUGAAGGAGGGUACAGUGAAACCCAGAAUUGCCACUGUGGUGAAAGAGCAUGAAGCAGCAGAGGCCAUUGAAGGACUGCAGGCUCUGGCGGGACAGCCUGGAAUUGCUCAUUUUCAUCUGGAUCCACACAAACAAGACAAUAUGGAGACGGAGGUCAUCACCAUGGAAACACCAGGAGAGUUUGUUGAAGAGAGGGAUGUUGAAAAAGAAUCAGGUUAUCAAGUAGCCACUGACCAGUUAAUGAAUUUGUCUACAGGGGACUUUGUUGAAAUUAAUGGAGAAAUGUACAAAGUAGAGAUCAGCACAGAAGAUAACUCAGAAGCCGCUGAGGAGAGUCCAAUAAAGCACAUGACACAGAUAGAGGCUGGCUUAUCUGAGGUUCCGGGAUCUAGUACCAAUCAGAUGGAAUUGAUAAACCUCACUAACAACCAGAUAGAGGUUUCCCUUGUAAAGGAUUCUCGAACAGUUGUUGACCAAAUGCAAAAAACGCAAAUUGAUUCCUCCCAUGCGACAGGAACUGAACCAGAUGAUGGCCAUAAGCAGGUUUCCCAAGUGAAUACAUCAAAGAGUAAACUUGAGGUCCCAAGUCAGAUAGAAUUUGUAGGAACUAAAGCUGAUCAAUCAGUGGACAUGAAGGAAAACUAUGUUGAAAUCUCUCACACAAAAGAAGAAUGUGAUGAAGAAAAAGAAGAUUUGACAAAUGGUAGUCAAGCUGUGACAACAUCUGUUGAUAAAGAUUUAAUGCAAGUAGAGGCAACAUCAGAUCACAUUCAGCAAAGUGAAACCACUGCUUCAGAUGGAAUUGUGACAUCAGAAAUCCUUGACAUUCAAAACAAUGGGGCCAUUGUUACACAUGGAACUUUAACCUCAAUUAAUCAGGAGCUUGUUGACAAAGUUGAGGAUAUGGUCAGAGAAGGCAAUGCUGUCUCACAUCAGAUCAUGGAAAGUUCACAUGUGGUAGAGUUCUCAAGCACGGUCACAGCAGCAACUGGUGAUGACAACAUCAAUCAAAUCCCAGAAUCAGUUUACCCACAAUCCUCAGACACCAAUUUCCAACAGGAAGCAGAAUCUGUUUAUCCACAAUCCUCAGACACUGAUUUCCAACAGGAAGCAGAAUCUGUUUACCCACAAUCCUCAGGCACUGAUUUCCAACAAGAAGCAGAAUCAGUUUACCCACAAUCCUCAGACACCGAUUUCCAACAGGAAGCAGAAUCAAAACCAUCUAUAGAGAUAAGUGAUUCAGAAGCCAUGGCAACAUCCAGUUGAAAGAAAAAUCAUGAUAUACAUGUACUCGCAUUUUUUUGUUGGAUGUGAUGUUUUAUUGAUCUUUUUUGAAAAUUGAAAGUUAGUUCUUAACUUCUAGUUAACAUUGAAAAUGGGAUAUAUUUUGUCACACAAGUUUCAAAAUGAUUUUACUCUAGUAUUUGUUAUAUUCCUGUUUUAAACUAUUCUUAAUACUUUAUAUGUGUCUACAUCAAGUGAACCUUUGGUAAGAGGAAAAUGAUAUUGUGGAGAUUUCAAUGCGAGACCCUUGGAGUCCAUUGUUUGAGGCCCCGUCCACUGAGCUAGUCAGACUGUUACCUGAUAUUAUUUACAUGUGUACUCUUUGAUUGUAUGAGAUAAGAAAUUAGAAUCUAGAUUGUCCUUGAACUCGAUUAUAAAUAUUUAUUUAGUAUUCAAAUAAUUCUGUCAUCUGUUUUUGUUCUGUAAAUGUGGAUAUGUCUGCAUGUUCUUAAUUUAAUAUUCAUUUCUUUGGCAAACCAGUCUGUGGUUUUAAUUAUGUGAUGUAAGCAUCAUCAAUUCAUAAAUUGCAUUACUACAGAAAUAUUAUGCAUGUGGGUAAUUCAUAUGAAAAUCUUGUAAUCGCGUAUUUGUAGUAAAUAACCAGCACAGGUAACUUUCUACAUUUACAGUGCAUGUAUGAUAACUUUUAUCACUUUGUCCACGAUGGUACCAAUUACAUGGCAUGCAUACUCGUAUACAUGUAUAUUACAGAAACUGUAUUAAAAGAUUAAGCUUGAAUUUAAGAUUCUGCAAAUAGUCUUGCACUAACAACACUUUGUUUUCAUAUUUUCACCUUGUAAUCUUUGCUUUAUCAAAACGGAAAGCAAGGACGAGACCGAGAUUUUUAGUGGUGACAAAGAUUAUUGUAAUUCCUCAAAUAUCCAACUGAAUGGUGUAUGUGGACAGAUAUGAGAUAUUUCAAGCUCUGAUAAAAGAAGUGCUCAUCAAGUAACUGUUGUGUAUGUUCUUAUUUUGACAUUUUUAAUAUUUUGGUGCAUUGGAUAUGAUGUACUAUUUAUAAUAAUCAUGAUUCGGUGCUUGUCCUAUGUUGAUGAUAAAGGAAUAGACAUUUUCGUAAUUUGAUUAGCGCAACCAAAAAUUAACAAUCUUGUUUCAAUGCCAAAGAUGUUAAAAAUAUGUAUUCUGUUAAAGUAGAUUCUUAUACGGUAUACAUUUUUAGUAAUGGGUCGUACUACAGUAAAACACUUUUAUAAUGUACUGGCUUAUAGGGCAAUAUAAAAGAAUGGAAUUUCUGUAUAACAAACUCUUUAAUCUGUACGUAUAGGGCAAUAUAAUAGAAUGGGAUUUCUGUACAACAUUAUACAUGUAUGUUAUACAAUGUAACAGUGUUUUACUGUAGUGUCUGUCAACUUCCUCCCUCCCUUCAUCUACCCAAUAUAUGUUAUAAACUAAUCUUAAGUAUUUUAAAGUUUGUUAUUAUAAUAUUAAAAAGUUUAUAUUUUCCUUGGUAGUUAUAUUUUUGACUGAUUCUGUCAAUAAAGAAAGAUUGAUUGUAUCUUCAA